UUCAACCGGUGUAACCCAUUCAUGAAAAAAACAACUCGAGAUUGGUGUAUUGAUGAGAACAGCUUGCCAGUGUAUAAGCAUGCAUAAGGGGAUCGGUUGAAGCAGAAAUGAGGACUCAACACAUUUUUACAGAAAGGAAUAUGAUAAUGUUGCUGGUCAUAUUGUAUUGUCAAAUCGUUUUUCUUGUACAGAGUGUAUCAUCUGCUGACACAACACCGAUAUCACCUGCCAACACCACACAGAUACCACCUGCCGCCGACACAACACAGAUAUCACCUGCUAACACCACACAGAUAACAUCUGCUAACACCACACAGAUAUCAACUGCUAACACCACACAGGUAGCACCUGCUGAAACCACACAGAAAUCACCUGCUAACACCACACAGAAAUCACCUACUAACACCACACAGAAAGCACCUGCUAACACCACACAGAAAGCACCUGCUAACAAAACGGACACUGAAUAUGCCAUAUUAAAAAAGCUAUUUCGAAAAUCAAGGGACGUCCCCAUAGUUGAUCAGGAAUCAUACGACGCGCCUAUGAUUGAGGAUGAGGAAAAUCAAGACUCAGGAUAUGGACCAUGGGGUCAAUGGACCAAGUGCGCUAAACACUGCGGCAUAGGAAGAUCUACAAGGGAAAGGAAGUGUAAUGAUUUGGACAAUUGUCAUGAUGGGAAUAUAGAAGUCAGACUAUGCUCAAAAAGAGACUGUAAACCUUCAGGAUAAUUUCAAACAUUUUUAUCUUAGUGUUGAAUUUCUCUUAAUGCUCAAACCACUUGUUGGCCAACAUUAAAUUAUUUUCAUCUUA